AUGGGUGAUGAUCUGAAUCAAAGCCUCAAGUGCUUGUGCACAACCCUGUUGAUGUUUCUCUUCAUCUUCCUGAUCUUCUCCUCUCACACUGUUUCUUCUUCACCUUCUUCCUCGACCCAGCAAAUCCAAACCCAAAACGAGCCUCCUUCCAGAGUUCCCAUCAUUCCCACCCAUCAUCACCAAAUGUUCAACCUCAAGAACGGCGAUCCCAUCUUCCAAGAACGCUUCAAGAAGAAGAAGGCCAAGAAGCACAGGAAGAAGACGACCAAGAAGCCGAUCAGGUCUAGGCCUGCUUUGAUCUCUGUGAUGCUCCCAAAGGGUCUUGUCCCACCGUCUCGUUCGUCUCCUUGUCACAACCAAUACCCAACCUCAAUGUCCUUCCACUGCCAUCUGGGCCAUAAAAAUUGA